AUGCCGCCGUCGACAUCAUCGAACAUCACUUCAGCGCGACGUAAACGUCGUUCGAAUAAACAAUAUCGUCAUCGUCAUGAAUUACUAUAUGUAAUUAAUCAUCCGACUAUGGCUAAUGUUAUGUACUACACGAAACAUUUCUUUCUCAAAUCUGCAUUUGUUUUACUGGCCGAAAAUUUUGAAAUGGUUACAGAAUUCUACCAUAACAACACCGAUGGAAACACCUGA